AUGACGCUUGAUGGACCUGAGAUUGGCACGCUGGUGGCUGUCGUGGACAGAGCGAAGAACCUUCCCAACCGAAGAACAAUGGGCAAACAGGACCCUUACUGUGCUAUGAGAUUGGGUAAAGAUGCCAAAAAGACAGACACAGACAAAAGAGGUGGCCAAACGCCGAGAUGGGACCAAGAGCUCCGAUUUACCGUCCACGACUCGCCUGACUACUACAAAUUGAAGUGCUCCGUGUUCAACGACGAUAAGAAGACUGAUCUCAUCAGUGAGACUUGGAUCGAUCUGCAAGAUGUCAUCGUUCCUGGUGGUGGGCAGAGCGAUCAAUGGCGGCAGCUGAACUUCAAAGGGAAAUAUGCAGGAGAUAUCCGAAUCGAGCUGACAUAUUACGACACAAGACCCAAGCCAGACUUACCGAUGGAAUUGAAAAACAAAAGAGACAAGUCGAACUCGAUUGCCAGUGACGCCACAAGCACUGCUUCUGGUCUGCGUCAACUUGGGCCUCGAGAGAUCAAGAGACGCCCUCUCCCACCCGGGCCCGGCGGCUCUUCCUCGCCAGUCUCGACUCCCACCACAGCCUUUGAGCGUUGGCCAGCAGAAGAACAGCCUGAGUUGUACGGAAACCACGGAUACACCAAUUCCAAUCCUCCACCUCGUCCACCGAAGCAGAAGUUUGUCCCCGAGACUCCCGACGAUGUUGGUUAUGACCUUGACCCUCAAUUCGGGCCGGACUCGUAUGAGCCACAAUACGACUCCAGCCACGUAUAUCAGGAAAGACUCGCUUCAAACGACUUCCAGAAUCUCGAACCAUCAAUUGCCACUUACUCUGAAUCAGAACCAUUCCCCGAAGAUGCUUAUCAGAGGAGGCAGCUUCCAGCUCAGCCCAUACAAUCACGACCAGUAUCAGAGCUACCUCAACCGGACCAACACUUCCAAUCAUCUUCACAGCCGCCAUACGACGUAUUAAAUCGCUCCUCAUAUCGUUCCCCGCCAGCGACACCUCCAGUAGCAGCAGCGCAAAAUCAGCAAUGGAACGGCAGGCCGAGCGCAUCUCCCACAAAAUAUGCGGCAUACAGGGAUAGUCCGCUCCGGCAGUCAAUUAGCCAGGCCGACAUGCUGCCAAGUGUGCCUAUUUAUCCCGACCAGCGGUUCGACGAAGACGAGCCUCCCCCACCACCUCCAGCUCACAGGGGUCAAAUAUCGCGUAUAACGAAGCUGCCAUCAGCGCAGUACGAAGAUUCUCACGAUCAACCUGUCCUGCCCGUCUCGAUAAAUGCGCCUUAUGGAGACCCCUAUGGACAGCAGUCCCCGCGGACGCCUAUGAAAUUUCAGACAGUGGAGGAGAGAAGCCCACUGCAGAGGCUUGAGCACGAGUAUGAUCAGUCCCAGACGACAACUCCUCCCACACAAGAAAUGCAUCGCCAAAUGCAGGUUUAUGAGCCCUACGUGCCCAGUCAAUUCGUCGACCAUGAUCGAUAUCCAAUUUUUGCUACUGAGAAGCGAAAAUCCAACAACUACGACUUCCACCAACUUCGAUCAACUGCUUCUGCCGAUGACGCAGCACCUUUAGAGCAGCUUCCAAACCACGAUCUCAUCCAGCAGCAGUACCAAGAAAGAGCUCGAGACAAUCUCAGGCACUCCACGGGCUAUGCAGCACCGCGCAGAGCGCAGACAUUCGAUAACUACGAGCUACAGGAGGGAAGAUACGCGCGCAAAUCUGACCUCGUUGUCGUGCGUCCACGGCCUAUCAGUCCCAAUCCUAAUCACACUAUCCCACGAAAAUCCAUCACACCGACUCCUGAUGAUCGCCACAACAUAGGCACGGUCCCAUAUGGUCCCGACUCCUAUGAUAGUUUCAACCGUGGAACUAGUCCCACUGUCAGCAAUGGCGGAUAUUCGGCACCGGAAGACGCACUAGAGGCAGCCAGGCAGAAAGACGCCGACAAGCUGCAAGAUCAGGGUCCAAUCAUUGGGAAUGAUGGACGGGUAAUCGACCCAUCAGAUCAUCUUCCGGCCGAUACGUGGGCGCCAGAGCCUGAGAGGAAGCAACGCCGACCGGAGCAUGUCAUCAAAAUCCGUACAAGAGAGGAAGCCAGAUUACACAGGGGCGCUGGCUCGUCGCCUGCUUCUGGAAGGCCGCAUUCGAUCGCAACUUCUCCAUUCCAGUCUUCUCCUCAUGGACCUACAUCGUCACCGUAUCACUCAUCUCCGUCCGCAGCUCCGAGUCCCCAACAAAUAGAAUCACCUAGUGGUCGCAAUAGGCUAAGGAAACCCAUACCUCAGCGCCCCCUCCCUACAGAACCAUACACGCAUCCUCACUCAAGCCCCGCUGUGCCGACCUUGCCUUCAGUGGACUCCCGACCAAGUCCAUCAAGUCACCGGUAUACCAUUGGUUCCUCUCCAGUGGGCGGACCACCUCCGCGACCUCCAUUCUCAGAGUAUCAGGCCCCUACAGCAAGCAACCAUAGUCCUCGUUCUGGUGGUGGUAGCAGUCCACAAUAUGCUCUCGAGUACCAACCAGAGUAUACCCGGCAAACGCCCACAAGAAUGCCGUACAAUAACAGGCAGCAGCCUGAGAUGAUGGGUUAUGGCGGGAGAGCGCCAUAUGGCGAGGACAAUCCAUUAGCGCUUGAGCUGAGUAGGAUUGACAUUGGGCCUUCAAUGAGCAGGACUACAUUGAGACCCCAAAAGGCGUACGGUGCAUAUUAG